AUGAUGGAGAGAAGAACAUUUAAUUCAGCUUCCACAGUUUACCAAUUACCACCUUUUGAUCAAUUGCAGAUUGUUUUAUUUUGUUGCGUCCUUUUUGCCUUCACAACUCAAUUCAUUCUUCUUGUAUGGCCACUCUGGGCGCUUAUGAACUCAGCUGUUUCAUCCCCUGCUCUUGGAGCCAUUUUCUUCUUCAAGGGACUUUUUGCGCAGUGUGCUCAAUAUAUGCCUGGUCAAUUCCAAUGUGAUAAUGGCCUCAGACCUCUCUUCUUAAAAACUCCAGUCACAAUUGUGAUGCAAGCUUUUGCUAUAAUAAGCCAGAUUUUCCUGGGAGCUGCGCUGAUCAUUCUGCUCUUCGGAAUGGAAUGUACAAAGUGCUUUUUUAGGACACCGGAGACAAAAACUCGGCUCAUGAAACUCGCCGCCUUGCUGACCUUUUCCGCUGGCGUUCUUGAGCUAACAACUGCAAGUUUAUACACAAGCAUGAUCGUAAAGAAGUUCAAGUCAGAAGAGCUCUGGAGUAGCGAUUUCAUGCCUGGAAAUCAGCUCAAAAUUGAUCUUGACCAAAUUCGAUUUGAGCUUGGAGGAUGCACUUAUGCGGCUUUUUGCAUCGCUUUCGUUGACAUGUGUCUUGCAUAUGCAGUGUACAAAAGAAGAGGUUUUGAAGAUCUAAGGUACCAUCGGGAGAAAAUCGAGCAAGAUGAGGAAGACAAGUAUCGAAACAUGCUGGAAACAAUGGGUCAAACCGGUCAGAUGCCUCGUAAUUCAGUAUUUGAGCCUUACUACACAGCUGCUACAAAGAAUGAUUAA